AUGCUGUAUUUCUGGCUCAUUCUUCACCUAAAUAUCAUUUAUUUGAUUUCAGAUAUUGGAUGUUAUCAAGAUAAGCCAAAAAUUUUCACUGUUCGAUCAGAUGCGCCAUUAGGAUGGCUUAUCUCUGACCUUGUUGAAGAUGGACAUUGUCCAUGGUAUGGUCAUUGCUUAUUGCACACCUCAAAUCAGUCGCAUUAUUUUCAAAUCAUUAAUAAUAGGUUAUGUACAAAAAAAUCAAUAAGACAGCUAGAAAAUCGAUCAGUAGCUAUUAUGAUGAUGGAAAUUACAACAAAACCAGAACAAAUAUUUAUUGUUAAUGUGAAUAUUGCAAGAAAUUCAACGCCAUCUUUUUCAUUUGAUAUAUACAAUAUUACCUUGGAAAAUGAUAUCACACCUGAAAUGAUGAUUCCAUUUGAAACAGACAUAACAAUGGUGAAUGUAUCUAAUUCAACAGAUCUACAAAUAUCAAUUAUUUCAAAUUCAACAAAUUUACCUUUUAUACUCACUCAUAACAGGAAGCAAAAUAUUCAUUGUGCAAAGUUAUACGUUUCACGUCGAUUGAAGUCAACUGACGAAACUUUUCGAUCAUUUUAUAUCGGUGCAUUAGAUAAGCAUAAUUUGAUUCGUUUGGCGGUAGCACGAAUUGAUGUCAAUUUCAAAAAAUUGCCCAUAAGUGGACCCAAAUUCAGUAAUAUGAAUUACUUUAGACAAUUUGAUAAGCUAUCACCUCAUGUGACUGUACUAAGAGUUACAGCAAAAUCAUCAAAAGGUACUGUUGUAUAUCGAAUUGAACCGGAAAAUGUUCCAUUCGAUGUUACACCUUUUUCCGGUAAUGUAUUCAGUCGUUAUGGUAUAUCAAAUGGCGAAUAUUUUUUUAAUAUUAUUGCUACUGAUUCAUUUGCACAGGAAGCACGUGCUAAUGUUCGAAUUUUGAUUGGUUCACGGAUUGAUCCAAAACGACAAUUCAAAAAAUUAAAAAGUAAAGGUACACGUCAUCGACGUAGUAGAAAAGAUUUUGGUGAUGAAAUUGUGCUAACACUAAAAGAAAAUCAUCCAAUUGGAUUACUGGAAGAGAAAAUAAACCUUCGGCCUGACGAGAAGGUUAUCUUUGCGCCAGCAACAACGGAUUAUCUUAAAAUACAUGGUAAUGGAUUAAUAGAGCUUAUCAAACCUUUGAAUUAUGAAUUCGAAAUGUCGCAUCAAGCAGCUGUACAGAUUAGCGGUAUGUUCAAAGUUCGUGUACAAAUGAUAAGAAUGGAAGUAUUAGAUGUAGACGAACCGCCAACAUUUCUAAAUGGACCAAAGCCAUAUAAAGCUGUGGUAGCAUAUGAUCAACCAAUUGGAAUGCAUAUUUAUAAAUUUGUUGCUCGUGAUGAAGCAGGUGAUGGUGAUGAUAAUGUUGAAUAUCGGCUUAUCAAUACCGAACCUCGAGGUACAUUUACGGUUGAUCCAGUAAGUGGUGUGGUGCAAACAGCAUUGAAACAUUAUAAACCAGGUGAAACCUACCGUAUUUUUGUUCAGGCACGAGAUCGAACACCAACAGAUCCUGAAAUUUCGCAGGAUAGUGAAGUUGCAGUACUGGAAGUAUUUGCUGGUGAUCGUGCACCGCAAUUUGUUGAGCAACAGUAUACAGUUCUUGUUCCGGAAAAUACUGAAAUUGGCUCCAGCAUAAUAGCUAUCAGAGCAGAAUGUUUUAAACCAAUUGAUAAGCGACGUAGCAAAGGUAAAUUAUCAUAUCAAUUAUAUUUGGAUACAAGUUUAACUGAACGUGAAUUAUCAUCAUACUUUACAAUUGAUGCUGAAAGUGGCUUAGUUCAAUUGACAAAAGCGCUUGAUUAUGAUGAUGAUACACUACCAAAGCAUCAUCAAUUAAAAGUUAUUGCGCAAGAAGAUGGUCGAGAAAGUGAAGUACCAUUAGAUAUUUAUAUAAAAGAUAUCAAUGAUAAUAUUCCUAUCUUUACACAACCUAUCUAUAGUGCUACAAUUAAAGAAGAUAUACCAACUGGUUAUACGAUUCUUACAGUGGAAGCAGAUGAUAAAGAUAAUGGUGAAAAUGCUCGAAUUAGGUAUACCUUAGAUGAUGAUAACUUUAUAAUCAAUGAUCAAGGUGAGAUAUCAGCUGGCAGACGUCUUGACGCUGAUCAAAAUCGAGAACGCUUCUUCAUUUAUCGUUUUAAUGUUACCGCAACUGAUUACGGUGAACCAUCAUUAAGUAGUAGUGCUAUGGUACAUAUUCGUACAGAAAAUUCAAAUGAUGAAGCACCAAUUUUCAUUCCUAAUGCAACUUAUCAUGCAUUUGUUGCUGAAGAUGCUCAAAGUGGUACACCAAUAGUACAAAUUCAAGCAAUUGAUCCAGAUCGAGAUCAGGUUUUCUAUGCAUUUCUAUUAUCAAAUGGUGAAGAAACAUCAGCAACUGAAUUAUUUGAAAUUGAUAGAGAUACAGGAUUGAUUAGACUUGGAUUAAACGUAAAACCGGAAGAUCUUUUACACGAAGAAUCACCGUACAACCUGACAAUAGUGGCACGAGAUGACGGAUCAUGCUGCGGAGAUGACGCAAGUGAACUUCAUAUGCAAACUGCUACGGUUACUAUUGAUAUCGCAGAUGUAAACAACAACAAACCUGAAUUUCGUAGUUGUGACACUUAUAGUAAUAUAGCAAAAAUUGAAGAAGGUGAUUAUAAAACUAAUGCACCAGUUAUUUUAAAGGUAGUUGCAACAGAUGAAGAUUCACCACCAAACGGAGAAAUUGUGUAUUCGUUAUAUUAUUCACAGUCUGAAUCUCGUAAACCGUUUGUCAUAAAUCCUGAAACAGGUGAACUGAGACCAUCACCAUUUGUGCGCUUUGAUCGUGAACAAAGAACGCAAGAAGAAGUUACAGUAAAAGCAACAGAUAAAGGUGAAAGACCAUUGAUAGGCUUUUGUCAAUUUACUGUACAAGUUCUUGAUAUAAAUGAUAAUGCGCCACAAUUUGAUCGAUCAUUUUAUGAAACUUCAAUCUCGAGAAAUGUUGACAUCGGGUAUUCGGUGAUAACAGUCUUUGCGGAUGAUGCGGAUGCGCCACAGAAUGCUCGAAUUACUUACUCAUUAGCUGAAGAUACGUUAGCUGAAAAGGAACAUCACAAAGAUUUUGAAUUUUUUCAAAUAAUUAAUGAAAAUAGUGGUGAAAUUUCGUUAGCUAAUCAAAUUCCAUCAUAUAAAGAUCGUUUUGUUUUUAACGUUAUAGCAGAUGAUCAUGGAGUACCAUUUGCGCAACGAAGUGCAGUGCAAGUUGUUGUGAAUGUUCAUGAAAAGCAACAAAGUGCGCCACAAUGGCAAACAACUGAUGAAUGUAAGACAACAGUUGUAGUGGACGAGGAUAUUCCUAUUAAUUCGGUGCUUUUUCGUUGCUUAGCAAUUCCAGGUGAUGGUCCAAAGAGUCCAAUUUCAUAUAAGAUGGCAAAUGGUGCCAGUCGUGGUACCAAUCAUGAAAUGCAUUUUCGUGAAUUCCUGGAGAAAACAAAUGGGCGAGAUUGGGUUGUUGUUAGAAAUAUGAUUGGAUUAGAUUAUGAGCAACAACAGAAUUAUACUUUAACAAUAACUGCUAUGGAUAUGCGUAGUUUGAUAACAUCUGAUAAGCAACUUCAUGUUAUAGUACGUGAUAAGAAUGAUGCAGUUCCACGAUUUACGGUUGAUCUUUUCACGGGUACCAUUGAAGAAGAACAAACACCAAAGGAAUUUCUUACUAAAUACAAUGGUAAUCCUAUAGCGGUAGUUAAAGCAGAGGAUGCAGAUUCUCCGGGACCACAAUCAGAAGUACGUUACCGGAUUAUUAGUGAUGGUGAUAGCGGUGCGGCACGAUUAUUCCGGAUUGAUGAGUUAACUGGUGGAAUAUUUCCACUUGAGAUUUUUGAUCGAGAAAAAAAUGAUUCAUUUAUAUUUGAUGUUGAAGCACGUGAUAAUGUUCCAUCAAGUUUACCUGGUGCUUCAGGACCGAAUAAAGAUAUUGUUAAAGUACAAAUUUUUGUGAUUGAUAUCAAUGAUAAUCCACCAUAUUUUGAGCAAACUCGUUAUGAGGCUCGAGUUGCUGAAAAUGAGGGAAUUAAUGAAGAUGUAAUUACGGUGAAAGCAUAUGACUUAGAUCGAUUGCCAAAUCUUAAAUAUGAUUUAUAUGGUGUAUAUGGUGGACGAAUACCAUUCGGUGUUCGAACCGAUUCCGGUGCAAUUUUUAUUAAAGAACCACUUGAUUAUGAAAAGGAAAAUGUAUAUCAUAUGAAACUAUUCGUAACAGAUGGUAAACAUAAUGCUACAACGGAUUUGUAUGUUUACAUUGAUGAUGUAAAUGAUAAUGCACCUCAAUUUGAGAAGGAUUUAUAUGAGAUUACAAUAUUUGAGGAAGACCGAGAUAUACCGAAGACAUUGUUCAUUGUCAGAGCUACCGAUGCUGAUAAGCAAGAUGAAUCAUCAAAAAUUGUUUAUCGUCUCGAAGGACAAGGUGUUGGCGAAUUCUUUCGGGUUGAUCAAUAUAGUGGUGAUAUUGAAGUGAUAAGACCGCUUGAUCGUGAUCCUCCAGCUGGUGUAUCUGUUUGGAAGUUUAUUGUACAAGCAAUUGAUGAUAAUGGUCAUGGAUUGAUUGGUUACGCUGAUGUACAGGUGAAUUUACGCGACAUUAAUGAUAAUGCACCAAUAUUUGCUAGUAAUUUAUUUGGAACAAUUGAUGAAAAUCGUGAUCCUGGAGAUGAAGGAGUGUUUGUGAUGACAGUUACAGCAACAGAUUAUGAUGAUCCACGAACUGAUAAUGCUCGACUUGAGUAUAGCAUUGUGAUAAAUAAAGAAAUUGAUGGUGAACCAGUUUUCCGGAUUGUUCCAAGUAACGGAAAAAUUUAUGCUAUGCGAAAAAUGGAUCGUGAAUUGCCAUCCGAAAAACAAUUUGUUAUUGAAAUUCGAGCUAUUGAUAAAGGCAUACCAUCACUUGAAGGAAUAGGAAAUGUGACAAUUCGAGUGAUAGAUGUAAAUGAUAAUGAGCCAUAUUUUGAUAAGGAAUUAUAUGUUGGAUCAGUUGUGGAAACUGCAUCAAUUGGUUCAGCAGUUAUUAGUGUAUCUGCUUUAGAUAAAGAUACUGAAGCAAUUGAUAAUAUUUUUAUCUAUGAAUUAAUGGAUGAACAUCAAUAUUUUUAUGUGACAACAGAAACUGGUUCAAGUAGUACAAGUGUUGGAGUUCUUCGAGUUAAAAAGGUUUUCUUCAUGUUAAAUUAG